UCGGUCUCUCGCCGCGCGAGGUCACUCAGAUCAAAUGUCAUCCUCGGAUUCGAUCGAAUGCGUGUGUGUGGAACUUUGAAAAGAGUCGGUGCCGUCUGACGGGCCGCUUCUGUCGUCGCACGCUUGUGCCGUUGUGAUUUCCUGUACCCUCCUGAUACAUGUAACGAGGAUCCGCCGUUGACGAACCGCCCGGAGACAUGGAAGAGACAUGUCUGGAGGAGGGACCUGCGGUAAAUUUCGAAAGAGCCACCCUAGAAAUCGCUAAUACCGACCCCGUCAGACCGUCGGAGAACGUGGACGACACGUCCGCGAAGCGAAAUUCGGCCUCGAGAAAUGUGUGCAAUGUACCGUUCAAGCAUAUAGAUGUUCAUACAUUUUUCACCGACAGGAACGAGGUCGUGGAAAGAGCGAUAAGCGAUUGUACGGAGAAGCUGAUAAAGGAAAAUAAUGACGAGCUUGUCGGAAGUUGGCUUCUGACCGAGAUAAGCCUAUGGGACACGGAAAAGGAGAGACUCGUGCUAUUAGCGACGAAAGCCCUCUAUUCUGUGAAGUACGAUUUUAUUUCCCUAAAGAUACUUGACUUUAAUCGAGUACCCAUAUUGCUGUUUGAUACAGUAGUUGCGGGAGAUUUGAUUUAUCCAAACUCUUCUCUUGCACCACGAUUAAGUGGAUUGGCAGAAGGCGUGUCGUCUGUAAUUCAUUGUGCGGUACGUCAGGAAUGGUCGUCUAUCGCAGGUUGCUCUAGUCUUACUCAAUUUGAGCCUAGAAAGCGGCAUAUGUCGGGAAUAAGAAUUAUGUGGAACAGAGGGCGGCCCCUGCCUCUUAUAAAAAAGUGGAAUCCGUUUACGAGAGAUAUACCAUGGCUCACGUAUGCCAGUCAUCCAUUGUUCUGGUACAAAGAUCAGCUGACUUCUUAUCAGUAUACCGGGAUUCUCAAACGCUUAACGAUUGUCGGUAUCGUUGCGCAGCUUUUCUUAUGCACCUGUGAUAUAAGCUGUGAUAAGAAAGGCUGCGCGAUGAUACCGACAAUCGUCGUUUUAAGCGUUUGA